AAAAAAAAAAAAGAAUAUAUACUGAGAGGGGAGGGGACAGAGAGAAGCCAGUGAAGGCCUCGGCGAGCGGGAGGGUAAGGAGCCGCGGCGAAGGGCCGUUGUGAGAUAUUUGGAGGAAUCCACGGGACCUUCUCGAACUUUCUGCCCCCAUUUUUUUUUUCCGUUGCAAACUCUCGGAUCGAACUACGGAUCUACUGAGCGCGUCGAUCUCCACUGCAGCGGUCGGCUUUGUUUGAUCUAGGGCUUGGAGUGGGCUCUUUAAGGGCGAGGCUCUGAGAUCGAUCUUGGUGCAUGCGCGUCUAGGUCCGGAAAUUCACAAUCUUGUAAUGUGCCUCAAUUUUAAAGGGAUUGAGAUCAAAACAGCACAUUCUUUGGAAUCUUGGAGUGGAGGCAUUUUGGUGAUGGUUUCUGGUUUUGUGCAAUUGAAGGACUAUAAUUAUAGGAGGAAAUUUGUGCAGACCUUCUUCCUUGCACCCCAGGAAAAAGGAUAUUUUGUUCUGAAUGACAUCUUUCACUUUAUUGACGAGGAACAUGUUCAUCAGAACCCUGCAAACAUAUUAACUCCUCAUAACAAUUUUGAAACCAAGUUAGAUGCAUCCAGUCCUAUGCUGGAGCCAGUUUCCAACUACAUACUGGGUGAAGAAAUACAUGCCAGGGAGUUUCCUGCUCCUGACCCUGCAGAGGAAGAUGAUACAGUUGAUAAGUAUAGCAUCCCUGAGCCGCAACAGCAAGCUCUGGAGUGUGAUGAAGAAAUAGACAAAACUCCUGCGGAAGAGCCCACUGCUUCAUAUCCAGAUGCAAUGAACAACAUGAGGGACCCAUCUCCUGCCCCUGCAGAGGAACCUGUGGGCGAGCCUCCAAAGAAAACUUAUGCAUCCAUUUUGCAAGCAAAAGGACAAUUGAGACAUUCUGCACCUCACCCAGCAUCUUUAAACAAGAGUGCUCAGGUGUCUUCAGACUGGCAGCACGCUCCACAGUUAGCCACCCAACAGUUGCAGCCUUCUGUUGUGCCUGAGAAGUCCAGCUUGGAGGUGGUGGAGGAGAGUGCAACAUUUGAAGAUGAAGGUGAUGCAAGAUCUGUUUAUGUGGGAAACCUUUCUUCAUCUAUAACAGCAUAUGACCUUGAGCAAGAGUUCAAGAACUUUGGUAGAAUUAGGCCCGCUGGUGUUACUGUUAGAAGCCGCAAGGAGGCUGGUGUUUUUUAUGCAUUCAUUGAAUUUGAGGAUGCUGUUGGCGUGCAGAAUGCACUCAAGGCAUCACCAAUACAGUUGAAUGGGCGUCUAAUUCAUGUGGAGGGUAGAAGACCUAAUAGUCGUGCUUCUCGAGGUGGAAGAAGGGGCAGGGGGCGGGGUGGCUACCAGUCAGAGUUUCCUAGGGGGCAUUUUGGUGGUCGAACCUACAGUAGAGGUAGCGGGCAUGACAAUAGUGACAGGGACUACAAUAAUCGGCCGAUGUUAAAUGGAUACGUUCAGCGAGGCCCUCACCAAGAAAAGGGUAUUUUGGGGAAUCAUGCCUCAAGGAAUGGGUCUAACCCUUCUGAAGUUUUAUCUUAGAUAUUAGUAUAUGGGGGCAGGUUACAUUUUCUGAUUUCCAGCACAGGUUAUAGAUGCCUUCGUUUUGCUGUUUCGCAGAAUGUGGUCACCGUUUUUGUGUAGUUUCAUUUACUUAGCUGCACCAGUGUUUUUAAGUGUGCUUCCCAUUUUUGUGUUUUCCUUUUCGGCCCUCAUUUGAAAAGGCAGGACUUUUGCAGUCACGGGAGUUCGAAGGGAAUUGGAGUUUUGAUGAGUUUUGACAGGUAUCUGACUUGCUGUUCAAUUUCAGGUAAUGUAAAAUAUCCAUUUUGAGCUUUU